AUGUCAACAAGCAACACAAAUUCUAACAGUGAAUAUUUCAUAAAACAAAGAGAUUUGCUACUACAAGAAGUCUCAAACAAUUUGAAUGAGGUAUAUAAUAACAUAGAGAAUUUAAAUAGAUCAUUAAAUGAAUCAAUACAAAUUGGAAAAGAAUUUGAUGAUGUUGGUAGAUUAUGGAGUAGCUUUUAUGAUGGAAUUAACGAAUUAAAAGAAAGAAGUAAUGGAUUUGAAUCCAGGAGGCAGGAGCAACAGCAAGAGCUGAAAGAAGAAAAUAUAAAUAGUGAAGACUGA